CGUUUACAAGCGUUGUCCACUAGCAUCCCACGGUUCAGUACGUAAAUACAAGAAAGCGCUCUUAUAAACUAAUAAAAGAACGCACAAUUAUUCCAAACAUUUAAAUCCUAAUUUAUAUUGUAAGGAGUAUAUUUGGAUCUCCGUCAAAAUGUCGUACAUGCUCCCUCAUCUUCACAAUGGCUGGCAGGUUGACCAGGCUAUUUUAUCCGAAGAGGAUCGUGUGAUUGUUAUCCGCUUUGGCCACGACUGGGACCCUACAUGUAUGAAAAUGGACGAGGUUUUGUACAGUAUGGCAGAGAAGGUAAAGAAUUUUGCAGUCAUUUACCUCGUAGACAUCACAGAGGUGCCAGAUUUCAACAAGAUGUAUGAGUUGUAUGACCCUUGCACAGUCAUGUUCUUUUUCAGGAACAAGCACAUCAUGAUUGAUCUUGGCACUGGUAACAACAAUAAAAUAAACUGGACCAUGGAGGACAAGCAGGAAAUGAUUGACAUUGUUGAGACUGUUUACAGGGGGGCGAGGAAAGGAAGAGGUCUUGUGGUUUCCCCUAAAGACUACUCCACAAAAUAUAGAUACUGAGCUCUGUGCCUUGUUUUUUCUUUUUUUCUCUCUAAUAAACAUCUUGGUUGGACAAGAUCCGAGCAUUCAGUAAAAAGGCCAUUUGGAUUAUUUAAUGACCUUAUCUGGGAUUUACAUCUGUAUUUAAAUGUAUUUACACUGUUGCAAUUAUAGUCAUCAGAAACAUGUCUUUUGUAGUUUUAUUUUCUUCUGAAAAUGCCACUUUAUUUUAAAGGAAUUAAACAUUUUUUUUUUUUAUCAGUUUCUGCUCUUUGUGUUUCCAAGCUCUAAUUUUUCCUGGCAACAAUAAUAGUUCAUUUUUAUCCAUAAUAAAUACCAAAAUCAAAACUAAUUAUGUGCCCAAAAUCAAAAUGAACUGCCUUUAUUGAUGAGCUGGAGCAAGAAAAAUGUUUUAUUAUGGGUGGGUUUGUUGCAGCAUGGGCCUGCAUUGACAGCUUCAAGAAAAUCACAAAAGAGAUUUAUUUGUGAAACAUGCACAAAAAUUAUAAUGUAGCUCUAAGACAUACACCAUGUUUUUUUUUUUUUUUUUUUACUUUAAAGGUAUUUGUAUAUGGUGAACCUUAUAUACCCCAAUCUUAUUUAAAAAAAUUUUAAAGGGUGGGUGAGUCGAAAUUAAUUGUUGUGUUAACUAACAUUAUGCUACAAAUGCUAUUGAUUGAGCUUCAUUUGUAUUGAACCCGGAAUAUUCCUUUAAACUGAUAGUUGCUUUAUUAAUAAUUUGGGAAUUUGGUAUGCCUACAUUAACCCAUCAUAACAAAGAAAAUGACUGACUGACUGACAGGAAUUAAGUCGCUAGCCCGACACUGUUUAAAUAGGGCCCUUUCAACUCCUAUUGCUAUGGAGGACCAAGUCAGCCAAUAUUAAAUAUAAAUAUUUCCAAAUGUAAAACAAUUAAAAAAAAGUACAAAAAAUGU